GACGCUGCACUUUGAGAAAUGCAGUGCAGCAACUGAGUGAAACUUCAACGAGUUCCCCAACCGUUGGCGUCCUCCCCGCCGCAGGGGGCGCUGCCGGCGGCCCGCGUGGACACGCUUUCCGCGGCUCGCUUUUCCACGGUGUUUGACAAUGAAGGAAGAAAUUCAGCGACUGCUGGUGCAGUUCAAGGAUGAGGGUGGGGAGGUUCUGGGGUCACCUUUCGAUGUCCCCAUCGACAUAACACCUGACAAACUGCAACUCGUGUGCAAUGUUCUGCUGCCCAAGGAGGAUCCAUUGCCUUUGGCUUUCUACGUGAAUGAGACUGAAAUAGUCACCUCACUGGAGAAGACACUGCAAGAGCAGCAAGUGGAGACAGAAAAGAUUAUUGACAUAAUUUACCAACCACAAGCAGUAUUUCGGGUUUGGGCAGUGACACGAUGCACAAGCUCUUUGGAAGGACACACUGAGGCCGUCAUUUCUGUGGCUUUUAGUCCCUCUGGAAGGUAUCUAGCAAGCGGAUCAGGAGACACCACAGUGCGGUUCUGGGAUCUGUCAACAGAAACUCCACAGUUCACAGCCAAAGGUCACAAGCAUUGGGUAUUGAGCAUAGCCUGGUCUCCUGAUGGGAAAAGGCUAGCAUCUGGAUGCAAGAAUAGUCAGAUAUUCCUAUGGGACCCAAGCACAGGAAAACAAAUUGGAAAGGUUCUGACAGGACACUCUAAGUGGAUUACGUGUCUCUGCUGGGAACCACUACAUGUAAAUCCACAGUGCCGUUACCUGGCCAGUUCAUCAAAGGACUGCAGUAUCCGGAUAUGGGACACGUUGCUGGGACGAUGCGAUAAGAUCCUGACCGGGCACACGCAGUCAGUAACCUGCGUGAAGUGGGGUGGUGACUGUCUUCUCUAUUCCUCGUCACAAGAUAGGACUAUAAAAGUGUGGAGGGCUGAAGAUGGGGUCGUGUGUAGAACGCUGCAGGGUCAUGCACAUUGGGUAAAUACAAUGGCACUUAGUACGGACUACGUAUUGCGAACUGGAGCUUUUGAACCAGCUGAAGCCACCAUUGUUCAUCGGGACAGGAAUGAUACUUUGGAAGAACUGAAGCACAAAGCUUUACAAAGAUAUGAGCAAACGAGGGGUCAGGGGUGUGAAAGGCUGGUUUCAGGGUCAGAUGACUUCACGCUCUUCCUCUGGAAGCCUGCGGAGGACAAGAAGCCCUUGGCCCGAAUGACAGGCCACCAGGCUCUAAUAAACCAAGUCUGCUUCUCCCCGGACACCAGGGUUAUUGCCAGUGCAUCAUUCGACAAGUCGGUGAAACUGUGGGAUGGCAGGACUGGCAAGUACCUGGCAUCUCUCCGAGGUCAUGUGUCGGCUGUGUAUCAGAUUGCAUGGUCAGCUGACAGUCGGCUGCUGGCAAGCGGCAGCAGUGACAGCACAUUGAAAGUGUGGGAUGUGAAGGCACAGAAGCUGUCCGUUGACCUUCCUGGUCAUGCAGAUGAGGUCUUUGCUGUUGAUUGGAGUCCUGAUGGACAAAGGGUAGCAAGUGGUGGAAAAGACAAAGUGUUGAGAAUCUGGAGGUGGUGAAGGCGCAGAACAAGUCUGCCAUUUUGAAGCAACCCUGGACUUUUGCCUGGAUGUCAACCUCAGCAGACUGUGACUUGCUGUACUCUUUCAGUGAAGGAUCUGGGUUCCUGAACUCGCAGUGACUGAAUAACCAAAGUCCAUUUUUAACCACGUGGUACUCCAGAAGUUUUGCUCGCAUAUUUGAGGGGGUGGGGGGGGGGGGGGGGAUAAGGUCCAUCAUUACGCAGUUUCACCCAUCCUCUAUCCCAUCCCCCACCUCCAAGAAAGCCUCGGGUCAGUGGCCAAGCACUUGAAGUGUUGACCUCUUUGCAAUGUCACUGCAUGGGAGCCUCAUUACAAGAAAAAAUGUAAGAAGUGGCAAAUAGAAACACACUCUGCAGAUCAGCAAAUGUCAUUAUUUUCAAAACAGUGGCCAUGCUUUUGUAACUUGAGGCUGACCUUGGCGCACAGAUUUAUCUGUGGUGACUAAGGACAAAUUUCUCUGUUUACGUCACUCCAGCCUCUGCUCCUCCAUUUGUGUCAGCCAACUACAACUGUGAACAAAACAGUCAGGAAGAAGAUCAUGUGUAUGUCUUUAGUAAGUUCAGUCUGCGUUCAAGCUCCAAUUUUUUUCCAACAGGUGGAGAACAAUUGAAUUUCUCUGUUGCACGUUACUAAGUCAUUUGUUCUGUGCUGGAAUUGCUGGUUGUUGUUACCUCAAUAUUGCCGGUGGUCAUCAAGUAAUGUUCAGGGGUUGUUUCUGAUUGGUCUCGGUGGGGAAGUGUAGUUGAAGCAGCCUCAACUUCGAGGACCCAACUUCAAUCCUGACCUUGAGUGCUGUCUGUGUGGAGACAACAUGGGUUUCCUCCCACAUCCCAAAGAUGUGUUGGUUGGUAUGGUAAUCAGCUGCUGUAAGUUGCCUUAAGUGUAAAUGGGUGGCAGGGGAAUCGAUGAGGUUGGGAGUUAGUAGAUGACAACACAAGCGCAAAAUGGGAUUAUUGUCAAAGUCAAGUUUAUUGUUGUAUGCACAAGUACGUGUAUGCACGGGUGCAAUGAAAACCUUACUUGCAACAGCAUCACAGGCACAUUGCAUCAGAUAAGCAGCAUUCACAAGAAAAAACAUAAAUUUGACACACAUUUUACAAGAAAGAACACAAUUAGGACAAAAAGUCCAUUUUAGUGCAAAGUGGUCAUAGUGUCGCUAUACUGAGGGAGUGAUUAGGGUUUUGCUGGUUGGUUCAAGAACCGAAUGGUUGAAGGGAAGUAGCUGUUCCUGAACCUGGUGGUGAGGGACUUCAGGCUCCUGUACCUCCUGCCCGAUGGUAGCUGCGAGAAGAUGGCACGUGAAAUGCAAUAAGAUGUGUUAGUUGGUAUGGUAAUUGGCUACUGUAAGUUGCCUUAAGUGUAAAUGGGCGACAGGGGAAUUGAUAGGAUUGGGAGUUAGUGGAUGAUGACGAAAGAGACAAAAUAGUACUAUUGUAGAUGGAUGCUUGAUGGUGUGGACACAGAGGGCUAAAGGGCCUGUUAGCUUCGGUGACGGCAACGUCACAAUUAACAUGGUGCCAGCGAUAGAGCAAUGUUAGUAGAGGCUGAUCUUUAGACAUUCUCAGCUGGGCUUGAAACAAUGCCAGAGGAAGGAUAGGCUCCAAAAGAAGAGCAAGUCAUGAAAAUAAGAAUUUUUUUCUUGAGCUUGGGAACAUCAGUAUUCUACAGGCUGCACAGAAGAAUUGCACAGCAUUUCAUCUAUCCAUCCCUGCAAUAUUGGUAGGUUAAUUUGGGUUUAAAAUGGGCAGCGCGGACUCGUUGGGCCGGAAGGGCCUGUUACCAUUGCUGUAAAUAAAAUUUUUUUUAAAAAUCUCUGAAUUUCAAAAUCGGUAUUUUAAAAUGCUGUUGGUAAAGCAUUUUGUAGGCUAACUGUUGAUCAUGGAGUUAAAAGAAAAAGAUGAGCAGAAGUUUGAGAGAGAAUCCUUUGGCAAUGUAUCUCAAUCUUGACUUUAAUUAAAUGGUUAA